AUGCGUGGUGUGCUCAAAGAGCGCAUUCCUGCGUUUUUAGACGAAUACCUCUGGCGCAGUUGGCAUUUUGCUUCUGGGGCGAUAGGAAAGAAAGGCGCCAAGGAAAAAGUGUGGCUUGCGUACGAGCUGAGCCAGUUGCCGUAUGCAUUUUCAAAGUUUGGCGCGUCCUACGUCGAUGGAACAUCCCCGUGGACGGCGCAGUACGGACCAGCCAAAGACGACGAGCUGCUCGUGGUCAUGGCAGCGUUAUCGGACGUGGCAUCCAUCGACGCCUUGCCUGCGAACGUGUGCCGCCGUCGAGCGGAAGACACGACGGACGACGCGACAUGCUUGGACUAG